CCCAUGGAUGCGAACCUUUCCGUGAUGCAUCUUCUCCUCUGCGCGCCAGCCUCCAAUCUGAGAUCAAAUUUCAUCCCAGCAUGAAGCUGCCUUUCCGCGACCUUGUCUACUCAUUACACACAGCGACAGAUGCGGGGGACUUUGGCUACCAGCCAAGCUAUGAUGUUCCCUGUAUCAGGGACGGCAUUUGGAGAAUCGGCUGCGGACUCGAUAAUCUGCACUGUCCAUGUGACACAGACAAACAGGAGGCCAUGGCAUUGGUCCUGAUAUCAUGUUUGGUCGCACGCACACCAGCAGAUAUUUCAAGCAAGUUCAACAACCAACCUCCCAAUUUCUUUACCAUCUGACAAGCUGACUUUGACAGGAGCUCGAGA